UUUGUGCUGAGUUGUUAUCAAUCAUAAAAUUGAAUAAUACCUAUUCUAGUACGAGAUAUACGAUAUAUACCAAUGAACUGAGCCGUAUAUCACACAAGUAUAUUAUACUUAUCUAUCUUAAGACGGAUAAACAAAAUGGAUAAAUAUUUCAAAGGAAAGAGAAUACUAGUCACUGGAGGAUGCAGAGGUAUCGGUUAUGGAAUUGCAGAAGAACUGUGGCGGCUAGGAGCUGCAGUAGUUGUUAUUACCAAUAUUGCGGAAAACGUGCAAAAAUUAAAAGCCCAGUACCCUACAAUAGAAGUGGUCUGUGUGGAUCUUCGUGACUGGGUUGAAACAAAGGAGUGUGUGGAUUCAUUGGGAGUCUUUGAUGGCCUCGUAAAUAAUGCGGGUGUCGUUUUAAAUCAACCGUUCUUGGAAUGCACUAAAGAACUAUUCGAUGACACAUUUGCUAUCAAUACCAGAGCUGUUGUAAAUGUAAGCCAAAUAGUCGCUAAAAAAAUGAUUCAAAAUGGUAUAAAAGGUUCUAUAGUGAAUGUAUCUUCGCAAGCGUCCAAGGCCGCACUAAAAGAUCACGUAUCAUAUUGUGGAUCUAAGGCGGCUGUGGACGGAAUAACUCGAGUGAUGGCACUAGAGUUGGGACCCUUUGGGAUCAGAGCUAACACCGUGAAUCCCACUGUGGUCAUGACUGAAUUGGGACGUAAAGCUUGGUCGGAGCCUUCAAAGUCACAGGAAAUGCUCUCCAAGAUACCAUUGGGAAGAUUCGGCGAGGUGCAUGAAGUGGUGAAUGCAGUUAUGUUUCUGCUGAGUGAUAAAGCGAGCAUGAUUUCAGGAGUGCACUUGCCGGUUGACGGAGGUUUCUUAGCGUGUUAGGUUUAAAGAAAUAAACUGUGCGGGUCGGGGCUCCCUC